UGGCCGCUCGGUGCCAGGGCUGCAGGGGAUCCAAUGGAGACAGUGACAUCCACCCGAGCGCUUGUCCUCUUUACGCAGAAUUGACAACGAAAACACCCGCAAGAUUAUGUAGUCUUCAACGCUGCAGAUCCCACUCACCAACCGUAGAUUCAUAUAAUUUUUCGCUGUAUUAUUUUUUUUUAACACGCUCCAGUCGAUUGAAGCUUAAAGAAAGUGAAAUUGAUCGAUCGAAUCCUCCGCCUGCUAAUCGACAGGAUCCCUGAUGGAAGACGGCUAGAGAGGUCGCCUCGCGGAGAACAGGCUGCUAACAUUUUCGCUGUUGUGUUUACCAUUACCCGACAAAGCAUUGGCAGCCUCGACGGCUGCACACGACGCCGUCUUCGCCAUGGCUUUUGGCUCGAAAGACCCAGAAAACCCCUCAGACUAAGAAAAGGUACACAUUCGUCAAUAUUGCGGAUUUAAAUGCCUCUGUCCAAGGGCCACCGACCCGCUUUUUUGGACAGUUUCGCGUGUGCGGUGUCUCACGCUGUCACGAAUAAACGAUUCAUAGGCUGCUAAAAUACUGAAAGAGACUCCAUCGGGUGGGUGAACAUAAUACAGCGAAGAGGGGGAUUUUUUUUUUUUCAAGCAAUAUGGCUGGUGAGUGGGGCUGGGGACGCUGGCACAGGCUCUCCAAGGCUCCUAAAUGCUAGCUGAGGCAGGUGGCACCGUUCCCCAUGGAAGCGACAGCUCUAUGAGGACAAGCAAUAUCAAUAAUAAUAUAAAUCAGGACUCUUCAAUCUUAAUAUCCAAGAUGGUAGACGUUGUCAUCCCGUUCUCGUCUGAGGUGCCCUGCGACAAUAAUGGGCAGCGUAUGUGGUGGGCAUUCCUCGCCUCCUCCAUGGUGACGUUUUUUGGGGGUCUCUUCAUCAUCCUGCUGUGGAGGACACUGAAAUAUAUGUGGACGGUUUGUUGCCACUGCAACGUCAAACAGAAGGAGGCUCAGAAGGUGAUAAAUCCCGCCAAUCAGGCAACAGACAAACCAAAGGGUGAAGGAGAAAAAGAGGAGGUCCCUAUCAGCGAAGUAGGAUGGAUGACCUCAGUAAAAGACUGGGCCGGUGUCAUGAUCUCCGCUCAGACCCUCACUGGCAGAGUUCUGGUGGUGUUGGUCUUUGCGCUCAGCAUCGGAGCCCUGGGAAUAUACUUCAUAGACUCGUCAGAUCCGAUUGAAUCCUGCCAGAAUUUCUACAAAGAUUUCACAUUACAGAUCGAUAUGGCCUUCAAUGUCUUCUUCCUACUUUACUUUGGACUGCGCUUUAUAGCGGCCAAUGAUAAACUAUGGUUCUGGCUGGAGGUCAACUCAGUGGUGGACUUCUUUACUGUUCCUCCCGUGUUUGUUUCUGUCUAUUUGAACAGAAGCUGGCUCGGCUUAAGAUUUCUAAGAGCACUAAGAUUGAUACAGUUUUCUGAAAUCCUUCAGUUUUUGAACAUCUUGAAAACAAGCAAUUCCAUCAAGCUGGUUAACCUCUGUUCCAUAUUCAUAAGCACAUGGCUCACAGCGGCAGGAUUCAUUCAUUUGGUCGAAAACUCUGGAGAUCCUUGGGAAAACUUCCAGAAUUCCCAGUCACUUUCCUAUUGGGAAUGUGUCUAUUUACUGAUGGUGACGAUGUCUACAGUAGGCUACGGGGACGUCUAUGCAAAAACUACCUUGGGGCGUCUGUUUAUGGUCUUCUUCAUCCUGGGCGGUUUGGCCAUGUUUGCCAGCUACGUCCCUGAAAUCAUAGAGUUAAUAGGAAACCGAAAGAAAUAUGGUGGUUCCUAUAGUGCGGUUAAUGGGAGAAAGCAUAUUGUGGUCUGUGGUCAUAUUACCCUCGAAAGUGUCUCCAACUUCCUCAAAGACUUCCUACACAAGGACAGGGAUGAUGUCAAUGUAGAAAUUGUUUUUCUCCAUAAUAUUUCCCCUAAUCUUGAGCUGGAAGCCUUAUUCAAACGACAUUUUACCCAAGUAGAGUUCUACCAGGGAUCUGUUCUCAACCCUCACGAUCUCGCCAGAGUGAAGAUCGAGUCAGCAGAUGCCUGCCUAAUCCUGGCCAAUAAAUACUGUGCAGAUCCUGAUGCUGAAGAUGCCUCCAACAUCAUGAGGGUUAUUUCGAUCAAGAACUACCAUCCCAAGAUCAGAAUAAUCACACAAAUGCUACAGUAUCACAAUAAGGCCCAUCUGCUUAACAUUCCGAGCUGGAACUGGAGAGAGGGUGAUGAUGCGAUCUGCCUGGCGGAGCUGAAGGCAGGCUUCAUAGCCCAGAGCUGUCUGGCCCAGGGCCUGUCCACCAUGCUAGCCAACCUCUUCUCUAUGAGGUCCUUCAUUGAGAUUGAGGAGGACACGUGGCAGAAGUAUUACCUAGAAGGGGUGGCUAAUGAGAUGUACACUGAGUAUUUGUCCAGUGCCUUUGUCGGCCUCACCUUCCCAACUAUCUGUGAGCUGUGUUACGUGAAGCUGAAGCUAUUGCUUAUUGCCAUCGAAUACAAGUCCGAGCAGAGAGAGAGCAGCAUCCUCAUUAACCCGGGCAACAAUGUCAAGAUGCAGGAGGGAACUCUUGGAUUCUUUAUUGCCAGUGAUGCCAAAGAAGUGAAGAGGGCAUUUUUCUACUGCAAAGCUUGUCAUGACGACAUCACAGACCCUAAGCGGAUAAAGAAAUGUGGCUGCAAACGACCAGCAGAUGGCGCUACAACACCAGGGAACAGUGGAAGUCAGAAAGAGGCUGGCGUUCGAUUCAAAGCUGAUUGCAAUUUAGUCGAAGACGAGCAUCCAUCAACUCUCUCGCCCAAAAAAAAGCAGCGAAACGGAGGGAUGCGAAACUCACCCAACUGCUCGCCCAAAAUGAUGAGUCGACACGAUCCCCUUCUUAUUCCUGGAAAUGAACAAAUCGAGAGCAUGGACAUGAACGUGAAGAGGUAUGACUCGACAGGGAUGUUUCACUGGUGCCCGUCAAAGGAGAUCGAAAAAGUCAUCCUGACCCGGAGUGAAGCCUCCAUGACAGUACUGAGCGGCCAUGUGGUGGUCUGUAUAUUUGGGGAUGUCACGUCCGCUUUGGUGGGGCUGCGAAACUUGGUGAUGCCUUUAAGAGCCAGUAACUUCCAUUACCACGAGCUAAAGCCAAUAGUCUUUGUGGGCUCGCUGGAUUACCUGCGAAGAGAGUGGGAGACUUUACACAACUUCCCCAAAGUCUCCAUCUUACCUGGUACGCCAUUAAGUCGGGCAGAUUUAAGGGCUGUCAACAUCAACCUCUGCGACAUGUGCGUAAUACUGUCAGCCAAUCAGAACAAUAUCGAAGAUGCCUCACUGCAGGAUAAGGAAUGCAUCUUGGCGUCACUCAACAUCAAAUCUAUGCAGUUUGAUGACAGCAUUGGGGUCUUACAGGCUAAUUCCCAAGGUUUCACGCCUCCUGGAAUGGACAGGUCAUCUCCAGACAGCAGUCCAGUACAUGGCUUUGUGCGUCAGGCUUCCGUCACCACCGGAUCCAACAUCCCCAUCAUCACAGAACUAGUGAACGACUCAAACGUUCAGUUCCUGGACCAAGACGAUGAUGACGACCCAGACACAGAGCUGUACCUCACUCAGCCCUUUGCCUGCGGCACUGCCUUCGCUGUCAGUGUACUCGACUCCCUGAUGAGCGCGACAUACUUCAAUGAUAACAUCCUCACACUGAUUCGGACGCUGGUCACAGGGGGGGCCACACCAGAGCUGGAGGCCCUGUUGGCUGAGGAGAAUGCUCUCAGAGGAGGCUAUAGCACACCGCAGACACUGGCCAACAGAGACAGGUGUCGCGUCGCACAGCUAGCCCUCUACGACGGGCCUUUUGCAGACUUGGGGGAUGGCGGCUGCUACGGGGACUUAUUCUGUAAAGCGCUGAAGACGUACAACAUGCUGUGCUUUGGAAUCUACAGAUUAAGAGACGCUCACCUCAAUGCGCCAAGCCCGUGCACAAAGCGAUAUGUGAUCACGAACCCACCGUAUGAGUUUGAGCUCGUGCCCUCAGACCUGAUCUUCUGCCUUAUGCAGUUCGACCACAACGCAGGCCAGUCCCGGACAAGCUUGUCCCACUCCUCCCACUCUUCCCAUUCCUCCAGCAAAAAGAGCUCCUCCGUCCACUCCAUCCCGCCCUCCAACCGGCAGAACCGCAGCAGUAAGACCAGGGAGCCCCGCGACAAACAGAAUGCAACAAGGAUGAAUAGAAUGGGCCAAGAAAAGAAAUGGUUUACAGAUGAACCAGAAAAUGCCUACCCACGGAACAUUCAGAUCAAGCCCAUGAGCACUCACAUGGCCAACCAAGUCAACCAAUACAAAUCCACUAGUAGUCUGAUUCCCCCGAUCAGAGAAGUUGAAGAUGAAUGCUGAACACAGGGUUUUCUUCCUGACCCACCAUACAUCUGAACGCUCUUUCAAAGGAGAUAGGAGAUCACCCAUGGAGGACUGAUGAUGAUGAUGAUGAUGAUGAUGAUGAUGGGGAUGGUGAUGGUGACAGGGAUGUUGAAGACUGACACAUUUCUCUUCACUCAUUGUUAUAAUCAGGGGUUGGACAGAAACCCAAACUGGAAAGGGACCUCCUAUGUGUAUACCUUUAAUGUUACUUCCAUGAUCUUGGACUUUGUUUUAUUUAUUAAUGUAUCCAUAGUGAUGUACAUAAUGACAAUCAAAUAAGGAUUGUACAGCCCCUUCCCCCUAGCACUUUUUGGAAUUAUUUUAAGAGUUGACAAAAAAAAAAGAGAGUACUUCCUGUAAUUCUUUGCAAUAGUUCACCUCUUCGUGUGACCAGACUCCAUUGCUAAGGUGACUGGUUCUUGGAGGAUGAGGGUUGCGGCGAUAAACUGAUCAUAUCAUCUCCCAAAGAUCCACCCAGAUGCAUCACGUCCAACCAGCUGGGUUCACCGACUUCAUAUCUCCUGUCUGCUUCUGUUCUAUUUGCACUAAAACUGAACAAGUUUCUUUUGACAGAACAACUGGAACCACCAGAUUCCCCCUCAAUAAAAUGUCGCCGAGGAGAUGACGGAAGGGAAGAAGAGGGAGGAGGGCUGCUUGGCUUUGAAGGCAUACUAUUCUUCUUAGGUUGUUAAACAUCAUGUCAUUGCUUAAGGGUUGCUACUUCAACGUUGACUUGUCAUGUUAAGUGAGAGCAUUCCAGUCCCUGCAGAACAAAAUCGUCUUGCAAAACAGUAGUCUAAAAUCUCGAAAAACGGUGCAGUGUUGGAGUGUGCCGACUGAAAAAGAACCCUGUACCUAAAUGUCUUCUGCUGAUAUGUCCGAUCAUGAAGCCUGUGACUCUGUUUUAAGCUCCUAUCGCAUGAUAUGUGCCUGAGCCCCCUCUAUAACAGAUACAGUGCGGUUGAUCAACCUGAAAACAUGGGAAGGAUUAGAAACAACCUACCCUUAGCUUCAUGCGUUCAGGAGCAUUUACAUUAUAUGCACGCUGUGUGUGUGUGCGUGUGCUUGUGUGAGCGUGUGUGUGUGUGUGUGUGCGUCCGUGUGCAUCACAGCCACUCGUCGUGAUCAUCUGCUCCAUCGCUUUGUAUGUGUUGGUGCACCUUUAAAGGAGCAACAUGUUGGAUCUUUGCUCUAAAAAUGAAAGUCAUGGUAGAAAAACCAUGUCAGAUGGGUUUGGAUCCAAGCACAAAAAAUGAUAUUGUUGCAUCAAAAACAAACCAACUAUCAUUGAGCUAGUGCGAACAGCAGCUGCGUGCCCACCGUUAACACUUUGCCGUGAAAUCCGCGGCAGAAUUUGGGAUCACAAAGAAGAGUGGUGUAUUUUCGGAAUGUUAUGUCUGUUUCAAAAAGUCAAUGUCUGAGGAAGGAAAUGCCACAUAUUGCAUAAAGUGGGCAUCAAUGGGUCCUCCUUUGAUCAAUGCUGCCUGGCACAGGGUUGGCACAGAGGCAAUAUAGAGCUUGGAUGUUCUCUGUAGCCAAUCCAGAUGUCACACGCCUCGAAACUCUCAGGAGUUAAGCUGCUAUGUUCGUUCCUCUAACAUGGGGAAAAGCUCAAAAAUAGUUGGGUGGAAAUGCAACAAUACCACAGACUUCCAAUAAGGAUACUGACGAGGAACCAGUAUUCUUUAUGCUAGCCUGUGAGCAACAUGAGCGUGUAUUUUGCACUUGUUUAGGCCCUAUGGAUCCAAACCCAGAUGUGAUAGAGAUGGAGGAUUGAGGUUCAGCCUUGUAUUCCUGGUAAAUAAAUGUCAUGCAAAUAUGUAGGUGGACUUAUACUUUUAAACAUAAUUAUUUUGUAUCCAUAAACAUAAUCGAUUUAUACUUAUUUUUCUAGAGAAUAACCAAGUAAAGAGUACUAUGGGAGAGAGAAAAAAAGUCAAAUAAUAUCUUUAUUACAAUUACAUAUCAAAGAAUAUUGUGUUUGACUAUAUCACCAUUUUUUCACGUCAUACUAAAACAAAUGAAGUUUUUUUUCUUCCUGCCCCACUAUAUCAAACUGCAUCACUCUGGAGCCAAUAAAGCUUAGACUAGCUUGCAUUGUGAAACCACCAUCUUCAGCCUGGCAGCUCAGCUCUGUUGAGUCCUUGCAGAAACAGAUUAAGUCUCAUCUGGAACCUCUUUUAGUUGCACAGAUGAGUCGUAUCUACAAAAUAAUGUGUCUGAUACUAAACAUCCCUUGCUGCGAACACGCAGAAAGAAGGAAAGGUGAAAAGUAAUUAUGUGUUGGGGGUAAAUGUUGUAGUUAGCUGAAGAGCAGAUCAGGGUGGUAAUAAUAGCAAGAAGAUGAUAGAGUCGCUCCAUCUGUGUGCAGGCCAGAACUGAAUGACCUUUAUUGUUUGACCUAAAUUAGGUCCCUAGUGUUGAGGAAGGGUGUACACUAAAGCACAGUGUGCCGGUGUUUUCCACAAAUUAUCAUUUUAAAUAUGGCAGUGAGAAGCUGUCUCUUUAAUGCGGUGAUUCUCCUCUAGAUGCUGUAAAGAAAAAGUACAUCUAAAAAAAAACAUUUGGAAAAAGAACAUAAUAUUGUGCUAAAUAUGUUUGUGUAAAUUCAACCCAUUAUAUAAACCACCUUUAUUUUUCAAACAAAAUGAUCUGAGCUUCAAUGUCCGUCUUUUAGGUGUGGUGCAACUAUACUGAAGCUUCAUACACAUUGUCCUAAAGUGAACUUUUGAACUGUGAUUACAUCAUUGUCACACUUUGUAGCAUAUAGAUUUCUUUUCAAAAAAUAUGUGAGUAAAAUGUAUGUUUAAUUGGGUUCUUAAUGGCAUACUUGCUAGCCUGAACAGUAAGGAAUUAUUAACAUUUGAUAACGGCAAUGACUUAUACAUAGAAUCGACAAGCUGAUUGUUAUGUUAACAAAAAAUGACAAAUGUGUAUUUUGAAAAUGAAAGGUCCUGGAUUUUUCUGGGAGAGUACGCUAGUAGGAAACAUAGAAAUAAUUUGAUCUGAUUAAUCAGCCAUCACAAAGACGUAAGGUAGCACCAAUUCAGCAGAGGUUUUAAAAGAGAGAACAUCCUUAAUUUUCCAGUUUUUAUUACUUUGCAUUUUUACAGGGUUUACAUUCCAUUUUUUCAGCAUGUCAUCUGUCACAACUGCUUCUUUUUUGUUUACAAAGUAUUUUAUGAGUGACUUAAACAUAGCAUUGUUCAGAAAUAAAAAAGGUACAUGCUGCAAACUGGCAUUAACAAGAAACUCACAAAGUAAUGCACCAUUUGUUUUCAUAACACUGAUAACUGUGCUUUUUCUACCUGAACCAUCAUUGUGCGACUCAUUCAGACUGGCAUUAUUCACAACACUGGACUGAGAUGUCUCUCCUUCCUAAACCUUGUCAUAUGUCUCUAUUAGAUGUUUUAGUUUUUUGCAUUGUAUACCUCUAAAGAUUUUUAGAGUGUUUUUUUGAAGUGCCAUGAAGAGUUUAGUUUAGCAAGCAUCCUUCAGUCAUUCAGGGACAAAAGCUCACUCUGAGGGAGCUGAGUCCAAGUGUUUUCCACUGUGAGAACGGUGUCUUAUGCUGGCAUGGAGAACAUCCAAGCCAACAAUGCCUCCAUGCCAGUAUAGUGCCAGGCAGCGCAAAAGGUCAAGAGGAGGGCCCAUAUAAAGUCCCACUAUAUCGAAAAGUGGCAUUCAGGAGGCCUGAGAGGCAGCCGGGGCCUACAAAUAGCAGCCCCAGUUGUCAAACCACACAUAUUGUAUCCACUGUGUGCUUGGUUAUCAGGUUGUGUUAUGUAGUGUAGUUAGAUAUGGAUGACUGAAAGAUGCACAUAGAGGCACAUGCCUGUAACAUCACAUGUGUUGUGUCCACUGAACAAAUCAAAGACUAUGAUGCGUCAUGCGUUACUGUUACAGUUUGUUGCAUUAUUUUUGUUAAUCUAUUUUUUGCUGUAAAGGAUGGAUAUAAUAACUUAUUCGCUGGGAAUUGUACUAGAUAUAAUAGAACAUAUACUACUUAUGGGGAUGGGAGGUGGGUCUCAAGUCUUAACAAUACAUUAAAAUUGCAUUCAGCAAUUUUUCUGUUGUUUUUUUUAAAGAAAAGUUGCAAUUUUUGUUUAUUUUUUUGGUUGCCUAUCAGUUCAGGAAAAAAUUCAGGACAUUGCUUUUGCGUAAAUACACAGAUCAUCAUCACAGCAAAUAGGAGUUUGACAUAGCAGUCUAAUUAGUUUGGAUGUGUUCUGAAUAUGACGGAUAAAAGGAUUAUUUGAUGGUGCUGAGUUGAUCUACCUGACUCUGUCAAAUAUAAUCUGCUGAUAAAUAUACUGUCUUGUACAAAAAGUUUGUACAUAGAUUGUACAUGGUUUCUUUUUGUAUUUUCUCAAAUUAAAAUGGAUGUAUUUGUGUUCUAAA